GUAAUUUAAAAAACAAGAAAAGAAAUAAAAAAUGGCGUGGCAAAAAAUUUUAUGUUUAGCAAUUAUUGCAUUAAUUUUGCCAACCUUCAUAGCUGCCGAAGAUGGAGCUGAAGAAAAUUUUGCUGUGGAAUUGACCGUAGACAAUUUCGAUGAAGCCAUUGCAAAAAAUAAUCAUUUUGUUAAAUUUUUUGCACCUUGGUGCGGUCAUUGCAAACGCUUACAUCCUCUCUGGGAACAAUUGGCUGAAAUGAUGAAUGUCAAAGAUGAACCCCAAGUCAUUAUUGCCAAAGUCGAUUGUACCCAGCAACAGGAAUUGUGUGCCAAACACGAAAUAACCGGUUAUCCCACUUUGCGUUUCUUCAAAUUGGGCGAAAAUGAAUCUGUGAAAUUCAAGGGCACCCGUGACAUGCCUGCCAUAACUGAAUUCAUCAAUGAACAAUUGAAUGCCGAUAAUGAAAUUCCACAUGGUGAAGGCUCGGACGCUGGCGUUCCAGUUGCUGUUAAGGGCAAAGUUGUUGAAUUGACUGAGGAAAAUUUCGCCAAACAUGUUUCAAGCGGUAAUCAUUUUGUUAAAUUCUAUGCUCCCUGGUGUAGCCAUUGUCAACGUUUGGCUCCCACUUGGGAACAACUGUCCAAGACUUUGCAAAACGAAGAAACCGUAAGCAUUGCCAAAAUCGACUGCACCGUCUAUCGUCCCAUAUGCCAGGACUUUGAGGUUAAGGGUUAUCCCACUCUUUUGUGGAUUGAGGAUGGCAAGAAAAUUGAAAAAUACUCUGGCUCUCGCGGUCAUGAUGAAUUACAAGCUUAUGUUAAGAAAAUGUUGGGCAGUGAUGGCAGUCAAGAAGCCGCUUCCACCGAGAAGCCAGUUAGUGGCGAACAAGAUAAAGUACAAGUCUUACAAUUGACUGGUGACAACUUUGAGAAAUCGGUUGCUGAUGGUGUCACCUUUGUGAAGUUCUAUGCUCCCUGGUGUGGUCAUUGUCAAAAAUUAAGUCCAGUUUGGGAUCAAUUGGCAGAGAAAAUCCAUGCUGGUGAAAAGGCUAUUAAGAUCGCUAAGGUUGAUUGUACUUCCGCUGAGAACAAGAAAUUGUGUGUUGACCAACAAGUCGAAGGCUAUCCCACCUUGUUCGCUUAUAAGAACGGUGAGCGUCAAAGUGAAUACGACGACAGUCGAUCCCUGCCCGAAUUGGUUAGUUAUAUUAGCAAAUUUGCGGGUCACGAUGAAUUGUAAAAGGGUUUUCUGAUAAUUGUAGCAGCUCUCUUUUCCCCUACCUACCUUUUACUCUAUAACCACCGUUGUUUCAUCUUCCUCUCGUAUUUAAAAUAACCUUCACCUUAUGCUAGGAACAUUUUAUGUAUAAACAAACAAACAUCUUGCAAUUAUUGUUUUCAUGUGCAUUUAGUUUAAAGAAAAGACAAAUUAAUUAUUUUUUUAUAUUUUGUUUUAUGUUUAUAUUUAGACAAUUUGUUUUUUAUUGUUUGUGAUGUGUGUAAUAAUUUCUGUUUGCAUUUCUUUUAGAUUGUGGUCCAUUUUUUUGUUUUUGUCAAAUGUGUUUGCGCUUUUUUUAAACUUUUCAUUAAGAUCAAAUUAUAUAAAAUGAACAUAAGUAUGUAAUAAAGAAAAUACAAUAAAUUUUAAAUAAAUGAAAUACAAUCGAAAUGAA